CGCGCUUAGGUCGGUUGGACUGACUUAUGAUUUCACAGUGCUAACUAUGUUAUGGUCAGUUUGUAUGCUCAUAGCUGGUUAAGUUACCUGAAAAUCGUUAUUUUGUUGUGAAAAGUAUGACUGAAGUCGAGAAUGAUUUUGAUGAAAAAUCUGUGGAUGACUUAGAUAAGGAUGAUUUAAUCCGACUGUUUGCUUACCUUCAAGGGGAGCUGGAAGCAAGAGACAUAGCCCUUGCUACUCUAAGGGUGGGUUGUUUUCUGAUGAUUUAUUUUCAGUCUGAGCACAUAAAUACAGCCAAUCUAAGGGCAAAAUAUGGUAUUGUAGUAAACGACCGACAUAGUGUCAGAGACUUGAGGGAUCCUUUUCAGGCAUUACGAAGAGAUUCAGUAAGUUUGAUUUAUACCGCUUUAGUUCUUAGUUGUGCUCACCUCUGUGCGAUAAUGAAUCUGCUUUAAAGCCACUGUACGAUAGCCAGUUAUUACAGCUAGAGAAUCUCAUAUCAUCUCAAAGGUAUGCUCAAAACAAAAUGCGAGAUCAACUAGUCCUGAUGGAAAAAAGAUAUGUCAAGGCGAGUCAUGUAUUUACAUCCGUGAUUAUUUUACAGGUAUGUGAAGAGUUAGAGGAAGAACGUCGAAAACACGAAAGAGAUGCUGCUCAAGGCGAUGACGUCUUAGUUAUGCUUGAAAAGGAACGUGAAAGGCUCAAGUCUGAGGUUGACUAUGAAAGACUACAGAACAAAAAACUCACCCGUGACUUGAGGCGUGUAAUUCUCAGUUGGAGGGAACAAAAUCUUUUGUGCAAUAAGCAAAAAUUUGCUGCUGUUACUCUCAUAAAAGAGCGCAAACGUCUUUCUAAUGAACUGGCUAGCAAGCAGAAACGUGUGGCUGAGCUGGAGCGAUCAUUGCAACAGAAUAGCCUUAAUACUAAAGCACUCAGUCCAGAUUGUACCAACUCUGAUAGCAAGAUGACUGGAACAGUUGGUUCAGAUAAUAACGUGUGCUGUAGUCAUCAGUGCGAGUUGUUACGGCAAAAGCUGGCCGAGGAAAUGGAAACUCGUAAAGCAAUUGAGUGCAGUUUUGAAAGACUUAAAGCAGAUUAUCAAAGACUGGUAUCCGAAUCUUACCCCAAGGAUAAUACAGCCAGUCGUCCUCCAGAAGAUUCAGUUGGUGUCAGUGUCUCAUUGAUUAACGGUCCAUGGGUUUCUACUGAAAAUUAUAGUAGUCCUGAGUCCGUCACUACGAAUUCUUCGAUCAGAUUCAAACCAAAUCCUCCUCAAAGGCGAUCAUCUGAUAUGCCGACUUCCGUGUCACCCACCUCUAAUAUAAUCUCAUCUGGAUCUAUUCUAAUUUCUAACAGUUCAAACCACACCGGAGCCACUACUUCUGGCUCUUCUCAAACAGUUGUUGAACAGUGUUCAUCUAGAUCUCCCUCUGGCAAUGUUGGUGAAAAAUCAACCACUCAGUUGUCUAUUGUCCCUCCAUCAGCCACAUCACCACCUUCUAGAUCAUCCACACCAUCACCUCCCCCACCGCCACCCCCUAUGCAGUUACACUACCCUUAUCCUGGGAUGCAGGGACACUUAAACCAUACUUCACGAAGUCAAAGCGGUCCUCCACCUUUUCUUCCAAGUACAAAUACUAAUCGCCCUAUACCGAACUCAAUGUCUCAUACAGCUGUUGUACAGACCUCUAAAUCUAGAAACCUAGCUUCUCGUCAAUCAAGUCCUCCUUACCAACCGUCAUAUUCUUCUCCGAAUCACACUGUGGUCAUCCCUGGUAGAGCUGUUAAUAAUUCCAUUUAUUCAACACGUGGAGGGUCACGUAAACCUAUGUCUGUAAACGUUCAGCAUACCAAUUUCCAUCACAAUCCUCAUUCAACUCCUCGCCCUGUUUCCCCUUUUAUACAGUCUCAGUCUAAACCUGCAUUGGUUGCUCUUCAAUUCUCUCAACAUAGUAGUUUAGCACCAAACAGCACUUCACAUCCUUCGAUUGGUGGGCAUCAUUUUCCCACUCAUUCGUUGCAUCGUUCCCAUCCUUCUAUUGCUAAUCCUAUACCAUCAAAUGUUAGACCACGAAAUCCAAUCCAGAAUAGUCAAUCAGGACUUACUGUAGCGGUAUCAGUCAUGGGAGGUGGACAUGUAUGUGUAAAUGGAAAAUAAUUUAGAACUUUCUGUCUAUAUUUAGAUAUAUUUUUAGUGUUUUUUAAAGAGGAAUUCAUUUCUAGUUCUAUGUUUUUCAGUAUCAAUGACAAGAAUGACAAUUACAGCAUAUAUUUUUUUAUAAAACUAGUCAAUACGUGUACAGCUGGAUACAUACUACUUAUUAUAUAAUCUAAUUGUUAUUGUAAGCAAAGUAAUGUGGUUUUCAAAAAUUCUAGUCAGAUAUCUUAAAGUUUUACAUCUAACCAUCAGUUUCGGACAGAAAAUAUGUAUACAUUUUUUUAAAUAUUUUUAUGACUCAGUUAACCCAAUAAAUAUUCUGAAGUAAUGUGCAAUUUUCCAUUUUUAGUUUUUCAUUAAUUAUUACAGUGUGCAGGUACUGCUGAUAUAAGUAUUAUCAUUAUUACUAUUGAUCCGUCUAACUUCAUUUCCAGUUUAUCCAUCUUUUUUUGUUUAUUGAAUGAAUGGUUCACAUAAUGGUUGUAUUUAUUUAGCAAAACUUUGUGAUUCCUUAUUAUGCUUUUAUAUUUUUAGUUCAGUUUUUAGAUAAUUUAAUUCCUCCUGGGAAAAUUCUUACCAAUGAAUUUAUUUAAUUGUGAAAUAAUAUGCAUUUUACUAUUAUAGUGAAACAGAAAUAAUCAUUGAUAUCUGUUGGAUAUUUUAUGUUUAUCAUAAUUUACUAUCUUUGUAUCCCUGUGUUUUGUUCAAUAGCUUGUUUUUUUUCGAUAAAACAACGCAGUGCGUUGUUUACUGAUAAUAUCAGAAUUCAUUGCAUAGUGUAUAAAUUAAUUAACUUUGAACAAUUUUUUUUAUUGACAGACAAAUAUUAAUGGACAGUUGUGUAUAAAGUCAAAUUUAUGAUCAUCAUUAGGGUUCAAGAAGUUUCAUAUUUAUUUCAGCUGUUAAUAUAACAAAUAUAAAUUUCUUUCUGUGA